AUUGUGCUAGUCCAUGAGCUACCUGACGGAGGCGCCCUGACUCGCCGCUGCUGCUGAACAUUGCCGAAAGUGCCGUACUGGCCGGACUGUACUGGCAGUACUGGUGAUUGUUGUGUGCAGUAUACCUGUGCUUGCGAGGCUUCUUUCGUUUGUGUUUGCAAGGAAGCCGACGCUCCGAUCCCUCUGCAAUACGUCAUGCGAAUGGUCAUGCUGGCUUGACGGCGAUCGUCCAAAGUUUCGGAACCGAGCGGAGACCAAAAUGUGCUGAUCACCUGCUGGCCACAAUGAGCAGCAUCGAGAGAGCCUGCGUGGCAUACUUCACUGACGCCAUUGAGAGCGAGAAGCAGUCGGAGCUGUCACCGGUCAGCAUCAGUGAGCUGAACAUUUACUUGACAAGUGCCACAGCUGGCAUAAGGAGGCACAUCAAAAGUGCCUACAAUGGAGACCUGGCAGAGUUUCUCAGGCGCUACCCUGAGAAUUUUCAGCUGGAUGGCAGCGAGCGUGUCUUCCGCACGUCUGAUAUUGUCCAGAUGCAUGGCACGGACAACCUGGAGAAGAUGUCUGUGCAAUUCUUCAAGGAGAAGCUCAGAUCCAUGAAGGCCUUUCACCACUCAGCUGUUCCAGUGAUGGGUCUGAGGAAGUUCCUUGGUGAGGCAUCAAGUGGUGUGCAGUCCCUGUUCAACCUGAACUACCCUGGACGAGAAAUGAAGCGCUUUUUUCAGAACCAUCCCGAGGAAUUUGGGGUCUCGCUCUCCGGCAAUGUGUACCUUGUGAGCGAGCCACCCGCGGCUCUCCUGAACGAGUGUGACUUCGGAAGCUUCUGGCACUCGGACAACGGCAUGCUCGACAGUGAAGUUUCCAAGGAUGAGGCUGAUGCAGUCGAGUUUUACCGGCAGGUGUUGAAUAGUCCUGGCAUCGAGCUGCAGACUUGCAGCAUAGACUCGUUGUUUGCUCAGCUCUGUGAGGCCCCCAGCAAUGUGCAACGUUUUCUAAAGAAAACCUAUAAUGAGGUCAACUUCUUGGACUUCUUCAACGCACACAAAUCCUCGUUUUGUGUCACAACGAACAACGGUCAGACGACGAGUCACCAGGGUAACAGAAGUCCUGGACAGUCAUCGAGGGACAAUGAAUUCCCUGCCUUACCAUUGGCGAGGAGCCAUCAAGGGGAGCUGCACUGCGAGACUCCAUGGGAGACCCGUUCCAGUGCUGACGGUUCUAUGGCAGACAGGCUGGCUGCCAUACAGUUUUUUGAGGACAUUGUCAAAGACCACAUGCAGCGAGGUGUAGUAGCCCACGUAGACCAGCUACGGAAGUGCCUGGCUGAUGCUCCACUUCUUGUGUUUGCAUACUUCCAGCACUUCUACCCCUACCGGCAGUUCGACAGAUUUUUCCUAGACCAUGCAACCCACUUCAGCAUCGACAGCUCGGGGGCAGUGGAACUCUCAUUUGGGGAAAGGAACAAGACGGCACCAGCUGCCAACAGUGACAAGGCACCAACUGAAGACAUCUCCCCCGGCUCUGGAGACAGUGAAGAAAAUGGAGAGGCAUGGCGCACAAGGAGCCUUCCUCUGGAGAAGCAGUUGGAAAAGUUCUUUUUAGACCUAUUGAACUUGGCAGGUAGCUAUGGUGUGCGGGUCGUUAAACCAGACACCUUGUUGUCAAUUUCAACUUGCCUUCACCGUCGUUUGAGCGCAUAUCUGCUAGAACACUAUGGGAAGAGUAUUGCUAGUUUCUUCCAGCAUUACCAGAAUCACUUCAGGGUCAGCAAGAAUGGAAAUGUCUGCUUGGCUGCUGAGGUGGAGUCUGGCUCGGAGACAAUGGCAAAGAAGCAGCCAUCCGUGCUGGCCCUUGAAGUUUUUGCGGCCUUGAUGCAGCUCCUGCAGUCCCACCAGAUCAAGGCUGUCUCUCCAGAGAUCCUCUGGGAGUUCCUGCCACUUACUCCACCAAAAGUGCAAGGUUUCCUGUGCAAGGCCUAUAACAAGGAGACUCUGAAGAACUUCCUUUUGAAACCUCCGAGCAAGUUUGCCCUUUCAAAGAACAAGAAUAUCUACUUGUCCAUGGGUCCUGGGAGCCUAAGAAGAGACUUGAGUGAUGAAGAGGAACAAGAUUACCACCAGGCAUCUGAGAACCUGUGCGAGGCCUCUGCCCUGGAGUUUUUUGUAGACCUCAUCAAGACUCUCAGACUGAGCACGUACCCCAUACCAGUGGCGGUACUACAGGAGAACCUGUCCAAAGCAUCCCCUUUUGUUAAGAACUACUUCGAAGAAAUCUACCCUCAAGACAAGUUCUUGGACUUCUUUGACAAAUACAGGGAUUUCUUCUUUGUACUGCGGACUGUCGCUGUGGUCUGGCUUGCUCAGUCUGAUGGUGAGGAGGAAGAGGAUGGUACCGAACCCAAGGAGUGCCCCUUUUCUAGCAAGCCAAAGUCCUUUUGCCAAGUGAUUGGAAUCGUGGCUGCAGACUUGCUGGUGAAGAGUCCAAAGCCCUUCUCCACUGUGCUGGGCCACCUUAAUGUCAUUAAGGAGCAGUCCACUCAAGAGCUGAACAAGCAUCAAGGAAAAAGCAAAACUGAAAAAUUGUGCUCCCUGGUCAGCAGCUGCUUUGACAUGUUCAAGAUAGCCAAAGACAAUGUCAUCCUAUCGUGGCCUCUCAAGCACCAAGCCUCACUGCUCUUUGUCCUGGAGGAGGCCUUGGCUGCAGUUUGCACCAAGUUGGCUACGGGUAACAUGGUUGACAUAGCAACGUUCUACACCAUGAUGCGGCACAAAAUUGAGAGGAUGUUCCAAUGCCUUGUUCCUGACACAGCAGCAAUGCUGCUGUUUUUUCAUAAAAGAGAUGAGUUUUUGGUUCUUAACGAGGAACAUUUGAUUGUGUUGUCCUCUGGAGCAUUGCCCACCGAUCAGGUGGAGGAAAUCGCACUGCUUGUGGAAGUGGAACUCAACAAAACUGACAGUGGCAAUGCACCUCUUGUGUCUGUCCUGUCUGCAUUGUUGGAUGAGAGCUUCGAGCACUCUUUUACUAGCAGCACAGUUGUCCAGGCAAUCCUAAAUCAAAAGAACAGAUUCAGGCUGCAGGAUGGGCAGCUGUACUUCCUGGGAAAAAAAGCUUGUGAUGGACAAACAAACUGCAAGACAGGUGUCCAAGUGCCUACACAGGACAGCAUCUCCUUUGAGCAGUUCAAUGGUCCCCCUGUUCAGGGCAGGGGCUGGAUCAUCAGUUUGGGAAAGGAAAAUGGGGUCCUUGCCGCUACAUUUGGUGGCUCCAGCGACUAUGCCGAGGUUAGCUUUCACACAAAGACCUUGAGCCCAGCUUCUACCAGCUUUACACAGCUAUGCAUUGGUCAGGAAGUGGAGUUUCUGGCUGUUAGAGAAACAGAAUGCUCAGAGUGGAAUAUUAUGGAACUAAUUGGUGCCAGCAGCAUGCCCUACAUUCCAGAGGAAAAGGUGAGUAAUGAGCAGUCUGACGACGAAGACCACUCGAACCAUGUCAGGACUCGCCACACUGAUGCAUUUGGGCCUCCUAGCGAGGACGAUGAUGACUCGACUAAUGGUGACGAUAGAAUCUUCUACUCAAGCGCAUCAGAUUCUGAACCGACGGUUACCACAAGGUCGGAUGUAGCUCAGGACCUGCCACCAGAUACACAACCUGGACCUACCUUAGCAGAUGAUUCGACUACUGCAUCGGAUUGUCCGCAAGGUAAUACCAUCGAGCAAACUGCUCUAGCCAAAUUGAAGAAUUGUGCCUUGGACACCCCUCUAGAAAUUGCAGAGAAGGUUCCAGACGAUGAGGAAGAUGAAUGGGAGACUCCAUAUGACCGCAGGAUUGUGAGCUUGUCUAAGUUUACAAACGCUGGUGUCCUGAACAUGUGGACCAAAGCAGACGCUGGCAGCGGGACUACAGCUGUCAUGCCACUGGGUGUACCACCGCUGCCCCACGAUAGCAAACCAGAUGCUAUACCUGGUGAAGGCCAUGACCAUGUUCAGAAGUUUCUGGACAGCCUUGCGGAGGAGCCGCAGGACCUGGAAGCAUCAGCCGAGGUUUCUCAUCAAACUGACCUAACUGAGCAGGCAGGUAUUUGGGAUGGUUCAGCCAUAUGGGACAUUGAUCCAGUCUCAGAAACAGUUGAAUCAAUGCGCUCUGAUUGUUUGGAGCAAGCUGAACAGACACCAUCAUGUGAGAAAGAUGUUGAUGUUAAAGCCACCAAGGACUGGGACCCAGAAAUGCUGACUGUGUCAGUAUCUGAGGUAAAUGAGAGCACAACCACAGAAGAUUUUGUAAGUGUAACUGAAAGUAUUGUCUCGGAGGAACCAGGAGGAAUGCUGUGUGACGAAGGCCACCUAAACGACCGCUCUAGUUCAACCGCAUCUCCAACUUCCAGAACUCCUACAGUGACAGACGAACCUACCACCUUGACCAGCACACCUUGCCAACCACGAAGAGAGGAUUCCAUAACUUUUGCUGAAGACACCUACACAAAAGUCCAUGUGACUGCAGACAAUGGAGCCUUGGAGGAGCGAGCCCAAUCCCAGGAGCUAAUGAAGUCUGCAUCUGGUGCAGAAACGACUGACUACUCACAUGUCACUGUAGAGAGUAUUCCUGAAUCCAGAGAGUCCUCGGAAGUGGCAGCUGUAACAGACGUUGGUGAUGUGAAAGACAUGGACAUCGCAGCAGGAGGUGACGGACACGGGUCUUUUACUAUGUCGGAGUGUUUGAGGGUGACUGAUGUUCUACCCUUUGGCAUGCUCCUUGACGAGCAAGAAGUGGUCCAUUCCGUACCAGCCACUGUGGUGUAUGUGUGUCCGAGUGUAGCAGUACUGGUCUCUCGAGUACAUGGAUCGCCUGUGAAGCUGGUGCUCGCUCCUGACGAAAGCACAUCUCUCCAGUGGCCCCUUUUGUGUGUGGGACAGAGGGUGGCAGUGCGGGCAGUGGGGGACUUGUCUGGUUCGUGUAUUUUAAGGGUGGUGCGACUCCGACCACUUAGGUCCCGUCCAGAAGUCAGAGCCCCAGGGAUGGAUGCGAGUGCACAGACCGUAUCUACGGGACCGAUCAUGUCUGGUCUGCUCUUGGUUGACUAAGAGCUGCCUCUCAUUUUGUCUUGAUAUGCAAGUGUCAGAAGCUGAGGUUUAUCGCAUUGAUUAUUCUGGCUUUACUGUGAUACCACUGUUUUCUUUGGUACUCCUGUGUUUUGAAUUUGUUUUGUCAUUCUAUCAUUGAAAAUAUUAAGUGUGUGGUCUGGUCCAAGCAUUGUUUUUUUUAAUUUUUCUGUCAGGUCAUUUCCCUCCAGGGUACAAUAAAUUCUUCACAAGUGACGGCGGGAUUUCUGUAAAAAGAUCCUGGUGUAGGUUGCCAGAAAAACUCAUUUUCCUCUAGGGUACAAUAAAUAUUUCACAAAUGAA